AUGAUAUUCUUUAACGGCACUAAUAAUGAACCUAUAUUAUGUCGUUCUUUUCCCACUUAUCUUGACGGCGCUGCUUUACUAUGGUUCUCAAAAUUGUCUACAGGAUCGAUCUCGUCCUUUGAGGAUUUAGCAAGAUCCUUUAUUGACUACUUUGCCGCCUCGAGGAUAUACGUCCACGGAUCAGAUUAUCUCAGGACAAUAAAGCAAGGACAACACGAGAGUCUCAAAGAUUACCUAACCCGAUUCGCGGAAGCCACCAUGGAGAUCCCAGAUUUGGACCCUAACGUCCACUUACACGCUCUCAAGACCGGACUCAGACCAGGAAAAUUUAGAGAAACAAUAGCAAUCACCAAACCCAAAACGUUGGAGGAGUUCCAAGAAAGAGAUGCAUGUCAAAUGGAGAUCGAAGAAUUGCGAGAGGCACAAAAGUCGGACAAACAACCAACCAGAAAGGAGGAAGAAAAGGCAUUCAAACCGAGCAGAAGGGACCAAAAGAAACCCUUCAAGCUCACUCCGAAGUUUGACACCUAUACCAGAUUUAACACAAAAAGGGAAAAUAUAAUCAAGGAAAUCCUCCAUGCCAAAAUAGUCAAACCCCCAGUCAGAGCUGGAAGCUAUCAAGAUCAACGGUUCGUGGAUAGAAGCAAGCACUGUGCUUUCCAUCAGAAGUACGGGCAUACGACGGACGAAUGCGUAAUAGCCAAAGACUUGUUAGAAAGGUUAGCUCGGCAAGGACUCCUGGAUAAAUAUGUCAAAGGAUGGAAAAACAGGGAAAAGAAAUAA